AUGAAAUCGAAUUAUGACGAUCAAGAUCUACAUUCUUCUUCAAUCACUGUCUAUGGUAGUCAAUUUAUUUUAAGCAGUGAAUUAGAACGAAUAUUGAAUUCUCAGACAAGGCUGGUCUCAAUUAAUAUAUGCUGGUCAACCAAUGGUGAUCGACCUAUAGCAGAAAAUUUUAUUCAAAGCAAACCUACUGGCAUGCCGAAAUCUUUGAAUGCCGUUUUUUUCGAAGUUACUAUCGAAUCGUCUGCAGAAAAUUUAAUUCCAUGUAAUCAAAAAGUUUUGAAAAUUGGAAAUCUCUACUAUUAUCAAAAUGGAAAUGAACUAUUAUUUGCACCAGAAACAACACUUGAAACAACCGACUAUAGUGCAUCUAUUGAUUCGACUAACAAUAAAAAAUGGAAUAUUGUCAUGAAACACACUCAUGAAAUUAAACUAAUGAUUGAAAUUGGUGAUAUUUGGUACUAUUGGAAAGAAAAUAUGUUUUUGGAAACAAGUGAAGCAUCGUUCGGUUGGUUAAUGAUACAAAUGGGACAAUUCGAUCAAGCAGACAAGUAUUAUUCAUUAUUAAUAACACAUUUAGAAAGUAUUCCUAUUCAUGUAAUGACAACCGAGUAA